UCGAGAUAUCAUUAUCUACCCACCCACACCGCGUGAACAAACAUUUCGAAUCCCCGUGGUUCAUUCUUUCAAAACGUGAAGGAAGAAGGGUUUUUCCUAGUUCGCGGUAAUGUAGUUAAAAAUAACCACGCGGGUCACUGUUUGCAUAAUCACGAUGGGAUAAUAGGAUUACCGAGGGGCACGUGAGUAUCAACAAGACGGAAAGCACGAGUUUUAACUUGUUGUUUUUACUAACAGGCCGGGCAAUCUAGCCCAGAGUGAAAUAACACGGCGGUGUGACUCGGUGCUUAGGUGUCAAAUAUGGACGUUAACUAGGCUGUGCUGCCACAGAGGAAAACAGAGUGCACCAUUAACGUGUUGUCUUUCAAAUUACACACCUUACCUAGUAUCUCAUAGUGAAACUCAAACAGAGAUUGAGUAAUUCGGUGUUCAAGUAUACCAGUAUGAUGGACAUUAACAAGGUUGUGCUGGUAUUGUGAAAAACAGGAUGAGCUUUUAACUUUCACCAAGUCUCUCGUAGUGAAACUUAGAAUAGAUAUUCAGCGUGUGUGAUUUCGGUGUACAAGCAUAGGUAUACAUGUUUAAUGGACAUUAAUAAGGUUGUGCUGGUAUUGUGAAAAACGGGAUGAGCUUUUAACUUGUUGUCAUUCAAAUUAAACACAAUUCUACCAAGUCUCUCGUAGAGAAACCCAGAACAGAUAUUCAGUGUGUGUGAUUCGGUGUACAAGCAUAAGUAUAUAAGUACACUGGACAUUAACAAGGUUGUGUUCGCAUUGAGGAAAACGGGAUGCACUAUUAACACGUUGUCUUUCAAAUAAGACACAGUUUUAUCAAGUGUCUCGUAGUGAAACUCAGAACAGAUAUUCAGCGUGAGUCAUUCUAUUUACAAGCAUAAGUAUAUAAGUAUAAUGGACAUUAACACGAUUGUGUUGUUGUGGAUCGCUGCUGCCUACUGUGUGAUGACAACUAGGCGAGUUUCACCUUCCGACACUGACAGCUGUGGGGGGUUGUGUCGGUGUAACGAAACGGAUCUAUCCGCCCUGUGUGACGGUCACGGGAACAAUACCCUCCAGUUCGGCGUCCCGCCACUUCCUUCAUUCGUAACGAAUCUGAUGCUCAAAAGUUUUAACAUUCAGAAUAUGACAAGGAAGACAUUUGCUUUUGUGCAGUCUUUAAACCUAACGUCGCUGAACAUUAAUAACUCCACAAUAGCCGACAUAGAAGAGGAUACAUUUUCAGUGUUUAGUCACUGCAAGAACCUAAAACUAAUCAUUGGUCAUAACGUGAUAGCAGAAACGGUGAUAUCAAAAGUCUUAAAGGGACUACGUUCUCUUACGCUGGACUACUUGGAUUUGCGUCAUUUAAAUAUCAGUGAUCGGGACGGCACUUUUUUUAACCCGCUAAGUGGUGCGUCAGUGCAAAGCAUUACCGUGUCUAAGAACUACCUCACCAAAUACAACCACAGCCAGUUUGUAAAUGUUUCUAAUCUUUCCUACCUCGACCUGUCGGGAAACGACAUCAAUGUGACAACCCUGACCUAUUCAUCUGUUCUCAGACAGCUACUUCUAAAUUACAAUCGAAUUCCUCGGUUUCCCAUUAUAUGUCGAAGACAUAAAUCAAUGUUUCCAAAUCUGGAACUUUUAAAAUUAGAUCAUAAUAAUAUCGAUUACAUUAAUUCGAAACAAAUCUACUGCCUAAAAAAGUUAAAAUAUUUGGAUUUGAGUAGAAAUUUCUUCACAACAAUUGCAACUAACACCUUUGCGUAUUUACCACAUUUAGAGACUAUUCGUUUACGGAAUAUGGUUUUUGACCUAGUGUCGAUCAAAGAAUACGCAUUCAACAACAGCAACAUCAGAUCCAUUAUUCUGCGAGACAACCGGAUGGAGCUGCAACACGCCCUGCACGUGGACAGCUUCGCGGGAUGCGACAGACUAGAAGAUCUAGACUUGUCCUACAACCAGGUGACCAAGCUGCCGAAAAGACACGAGUAUAUCCGAGACCUCCUUCGACGUCUGCACAACCUCAAGUGGCUUUCACUGGGCAGUCUGCUGCUGUUCGAGAUACCCGAGAUCGUCAUGAACCUCACCAAGAUAGAAGUGCUGGAGCUCUACACCAACUACAUAUCCAAGCUGCCUGACAGGUUUUUCAGUCGGAUGCCCAAACUGAAGAAGUUGUAUAUUGGUACUAAUUCCUUUUCCUCGCUCGACAGAACCGAUUUUCCUUUGAGUAUGCGCGAACGGGUUAAAGUAUUGGAGUUUUCUGGCAAUCCCUUUGUUUGUGACUGUAAGAUGCUUUGGUUUGUUGAGUGGAUGAGGAGGACACCGGGGACAUUUGGACCCGUGUCGAACUAUAUGUGCACCAAUUCCGAUGGGUCCAUAAAAAGGUAUUUAAUGACCGACAUGCACAUUUCUUUGAAUUUCUGUCUGCUUUCAUUUGAAACAGCGUUAAUCAUUGUUUCGCUUUCAAUAUUUGUUAUAAUCGUUCUGAUGACGUCAUCUCUGGUCUAUAAAUGGAGUUGGAAUAUAAAACAUUGCAUAUACAUGCUGCGGUACGAAAAGACGUCCAGGAAUGAAACGAAUAUUAACUACAUCUUCGAUGCGUACGUCAUAUACUGCGCUGAAAAUCGCAAGUGGGUUCUGGAGGAAGCCAUUCCGAAUCUGGAAGAACGGGCCGGCAUCAGUCUUUGUAUUCACGAGCGCGACUUCAUGCCGGGGGCCCUGAUCGUGGAUAACAUCGUGGACAGUUUGAGGCGGAGCAGAAGGGUGGUGCUGGUGCUGUCGAACGAUUUCGCGAGGAGUCACUGGUGCCAGUUCGAGAUGUGCCUGUGUCAGACCUACCUGCUGGAGCACAGACGCGGUCUGUUGCUCGCCGUGCUGCUGGAGGACAUCAAACCGUGCUACGUCACCAAGUCCAUGUACGCCAUGUUGAAAACAACCACCUACUGCACGUGGCCUGGCGACGACCGACAAGCCAAAGACUUGUUCUGGCAGAGGAUGCGACAGGCUCUGACGUCUGCAUAAAGCAGGCGCGGAUUUAGGAGAAGGUGGGAGGGGGGAAGGAGCCCGGAUAUCCCUUAUUUUUGGUAAAGUAAUUAAUUUCCAGUUUUUAUAAGAUUAAGUGUUAUCCCCUUCCCCCAACCUUGAAAAAGUCCUAUAUAAGCCCCAUCCACCCCUUACAAACGUCCAAGAUCUGCGCUUGUAACGGUAGAAUCGGGUCACGUUAUUGGUUUCAUCACAACGCGCCAAAAAUAGAUGUUGACAUAUUUGUUAUACUAAAUUAAUGGCAUGCUCUCAAAACGGUAUCUUGAUAUUUUUAAAUUUAUUAUCUUGAAUUUUUCACUUGGUGUCAAGACUUUUUUCAAAACAUUAGGGGCCGUUCAACAAUUACGUAAUGCUCAACGGGUGUGGGUUUAAUGGUAUACUUUAAAGGCAUAUCUGUAUAUAUAUUAUAGUCAAGAAACUGAAAUUUAUAUAUAGGUUGUUAAUAAAAACAUUCAUCAAAUCUCUUAAAUGGUAUUCGGCACACCUAUUUUCUUGCAGGUAGAUUAAAUGUGAGGUGCCACGCUUUUUAUUGGUGUACUGCUUGUGUGUGUCGAUAAGCUGCUUAUGUCAGUUUUAUUAGUAAACGUUAUCAUUAUCGGCAGUAGGAAUUGAUUUGGUACAAUGGAACCUGUAUUUGUAUUACAGUCCAUAUAUAAGGUGAGUAAGGUCCAUGUGGAAUUUGGAUUUUGCCUAAGUAUGGUCGGAUUUUCCCCAAUCGAUUGUUUAAACCAAUAUCCUGAAAGAAUCCUGGUAGGAUUGUCCUUUUUCAGAAUAAGUUGCCCCCAGGCAAUAAAAGGUUCUUUUAAAAAAAAGACUUUAGAUAAAUUACACACACAAAUCCACACACACACAGACACACACACACACACACACACACACAUAAUUAAUAAUAACAUAAUUACUUUAAUUCGAAUAGGCCUAUUUAAAAAUAAAUUGCUUAGAUAUAAUAGUGUUUAAAAAUUCUACAUUCCAAAAUUAAGGAAAUUUUCAUUUAAAAUUAAGGUCUUUUAAAAUUUACAAUAUCAACCACAAUGGUGCACCAAAGACCUACUAAGUAAUAAUGUCAUUUGUGGUCACGUUAUCUGCCCCUCCCCCCCCCCCCCCCCGCAAAAAAAAGAACACACCAAAAAACAAAAACAAACAAAGAAAAAGAAAUAUAAAAAUAAACAAAACAAAACAAACAAAAAACACAACAACAAAACAAACAAACAACCCACCAACAACAAUAAAAACCACAAAAAAAACCCAACCCAGGUUUUAACGCUGAUUUGGAACAAUAAUAUUUUGUCUACAAUCAAUACAUGUUAAUAUAUGAUGAUGGUUUAUUGUGGGGAGAAAGUGUUUAUCACCAUACAUUUAGUUUUGUAUGCAUUUAAUACCCUACAAAACUGCUUAAAACUGUUUACAGGGUAUUUAUGGUUAUAAACAUGAAAAGAAUUAAUUUUAAAAAUCACAUGAUGUGUUAAAAACAGACGCAUAUAAAAGGACUUCUGAACUGCCAUAUAAAUCAUAUAAUUAUAUCCAGUACGGUAAUCAAAAUAGUCGUGUAAAAAUGUUCUUAGUCUAAUUGUGGAUUCGGAGACUAAAUGGGCCUAGGCCAACUUCAAAAUUCGUUUCACUCCGUACUUACAAUCGGUAAUAAUGGUUGUCACAGUCAUUUCUGUAACAGUAUAUCAUCCUUACAUCUGACGAUUAAAACCUCUAUUGUCCAAACAUUACCAAUGUUACAAAUGCCUAGUAUGCCCCCCCCCCCCAAAAAAAACAACAAAAAAAAACAAACAAAAAAAACACAACAACAACCACCUAAGAAAUGUUUAAAGAUGGUACUGUAUUAUACAUUGCCAGUAAUAUAAAUGUAUCCAAAGAUCUUACCUUCCCUGUGUAUAUUUAUGCGUAUACCUCAAAUACUAAGGUUUUUUCACAGAAUACAAAAUACUUUUCUUGUGGUGUUUAUAUACACGUAGCCGUAUGUUACUUCCGGUUAGUAAAUUCUGGGAAAACUUUACUAAGCAGUAAAGAAACUUGACUAGAACUUAUAAUUAGUGUUGAGGUCUGUCGAUGACCGGAAAGAGUGACUAAUUCUUAAGACGGUGUCACAAAUGAAAUGUGGUAUGUUUAUUAUUUGGUAAGUGUCGUCUUGCGCUGCAUGAUCAAUGUACACUUUUACUGGUAUAUUAAUGGAAAGUGUAGCAUAGUAAACCAGUGAUAGCUUGGAACACAAUUAAGAUGAGUUUUAUAUAACAAAAGAGGUGUUCUUGAAGCCUAAAAUAUCCCAAUUAUUGUAACGUUUUGUUACUGGUAUAUCAAAUGCCUUGGUACGUGUCAUCUUUUCUGUGAGACGGUGCAUAUGAAAGAUCCCUUUCUACUAAUGUAAAAAUUACCAAAUGUUUCACAUCCAAUAGCAAAAUGUUAAAUAAACCAAUGUGCUUUAGUGGUGUCGUUAAACAAAACAAACUUCUAAACACUAGUUAGCAGUUGAGACAUUUUGGGCCGCCUUGGUACAUAUUUUUUAGAAUUGGGACAUCUUCGGCCGGUGUCCACCCAAGAUGUUCCAGUUGGUUGUAAAAACGUUUUUAAAUUAUUUCAUUACCGGUACUCCAUUGACAGUUCUAUGCCACUAUACAAUCUAAUACUUGGCAUGAAUGAAUGAAUGAAUUAAUCAAUCAAUCAGCCAGCCAAUCAAUCAAUCAAUCAAUUAAUGUUUAACGACACCCUAGCACAAAAAUGCACAUCGGCUAUUGGGUGUCACAGAAGUUAAGUAUAUGAAAAUACCAUUUAUAUAAUUAAGCCUUAAAAACAUGUUUCAGGUUUUCUCCUUGAAACAAAUAG